CGGCAUGAGGGAGCUGGCGGCCGGCCUGAGGAUGGAGUGCGACAUCUUGGACGCGCUGGAGGCCUUGGGGUACACGGGUCCCCUGUUGGAGGAGGAAGCCCUGAACAAAGCAGCAGAAAAUGGAUUGUCUUCACCAGAAUUUUUUGAGCUUUGCGUUUGGUUAGGUUCCCAAAUAAAGUCACUUUGUAAUAUGGAAGAAAGCAUCACUUCAUCAGAUGGUGAUAAAGAUAUAGAGAGCUUCCAGCUUGAGAUUAGUGGCUUUCUGAGAGAAAUGGCUUGUCCGUAUUUGUCACUUGUAUCUGGAGACAUCAAGGACAGAUUAAGAGAGAAAGAAGAUUGUCUUAAACUCCUCUUAUUUCUAAGUACGGAACUUCAGGCUUUAAAGAUAUUGCACAGCAAGAAAAUUAAAGGCUCUCAUUUGGAAAAGCACAAUGAAAUUUAUCAGGAAGUGCAAGCUAUUUGCGAUGCACUGGGCCUGCCAAACUCCUCGUCUUCUGAUAUUACUCCCUUGUUAACCAAUGUGGAACAAAAGAUAAAGGACAUUCUCUCAAAAGUUCAAAAUAACCAUGUGGGGAAAUCACUGCUAACGAAACCUCUGAAUUCUGACCAACUGGAAAGAUUGGAAAAAAUCAAUGAUGCUCUUCGCAGUGAGUACGAAUGUCGCCGACGUAUGUUAAUGAAGAGGCUAGAUGUGACAGUACAGUCUUUUGGCUGGUCUGAUAGAGCAAAGGUAAAAACAGAUGACAUAGCACGAAUCUAUCAGCCCAAGCGCUAUGCAUUAUCUCCAAAGUCAACUAUUACAUUAGCUCACCUUCUUGCUGCUCGAGAAGAUUUAUCGAAGAUCAUAAGAACAAGUAGUGGAUCAACACGGGAAAAUACAGUCUGUGCGAUCAACAAGGUUCUGAUGGGGAGAGUACCUGACCGUGGAGGCAGACCAACAGAGAUUGAACCACCUCCUCCUGAAAUGCCUCCUUGGCAAAAAAGACAAGAAGGUGGUGGAAGAGGUGGCUGGGGGGGUGGGGGUGGAAGGGGCAACUGGGGGGGUGGAGGGGGUAGAGGAGGAGGAGGAGGUGGUGGUUUUGGAGGUGGGGGUUUCAGAGGUGGUGGAAGAGGUGGAGGUGGCUUCCAAGGGGGCAGGGGAGAUUAUGGUGGCAGGGGAGAUUAUGGUGGCAGGGGAGGUUAUGGUGGCAGGGGAGGCUAUGGUGAUCCGUAUGGUGGAAGAGGAGGGGGAGGAUACCGAAGAUACUAAAAUACUGUAAAUAUUAACAGAGUAACUGGCAAAAUAUAGUGGUGGUGUUUACUGGUAUCAGGAAUUUAGAUAUGUUUACUUGGGUUUAGGUUAGAAUUAAGUAUGACCGUAUGAAUCAUUGCAUUAGACCAACUAAUGUUGUCAUUGAAUUCUUUUAGUUGACUGAACUUUUAUACUAAAAUGUGAUGACUAAAGUACUUGUUUUUCGUACUGUUCAUAUGGUGUUUUUUAAUAUGUCAUUUUAUUUAAAAUAAGCCUCAGAAAACUGAAUAAAACCCUUUCUAAACAAACAAAAAAUAUAUUAUUUAAUGUUCAGGCCUCUCUAAUUAUUGCAUGUUGCAUGUCCACUCCCCUGCUCCAAAGUGCUGUGUGGAAAAAAACAAAAUAGGCCUAAGCACCAGAUGGAAACACUUUUAAAAGACUCUAGAAUGCUGCUUUCAGGCUUCUUCUCUUCAUCUAGCUUUCAUGUGGGACGUGUAAACAAAUUUUAAUGUCAAAUGCUAGAAUCCUUAAGGCUUUGGUCAAAAUUGUUCAAUUAGGUUUCUUAUUCUUCCAGAACUUGACAUAAAAGUAACAUUCUGAAUUAAUACUCUACAGAAACUAAUAAAAUCAGGUUGUUUUGUGUGUUCAUAAAUAUGUCAGAGACUAUUUGAAGGUCAGAGUGUGUACUGUAAACUCAGAAUCAUGGUGAGUUUUGAUAGUGUCUAUUUUCAUUUUACCUGUUUUCCAUUUAAUUGAUGUUUCAUAAAAAUAUUUUAAGAUCAGAUUGGGUAGGAAACUUCUGCAGCCAUCAGGUCUGGUAAGAAUUCAUUUACAUAUUCCUUCUGAAUCAGCCUUGAGACAUAAAGGUCAAAUAAGC